UAUUCUGUAUUCCGACGGAUUUCUAUUUCGUUCGAAAGUGAUAUUUCGAUCGUUUUCGAAUUUACCAUUCCCUAUUCCAAUCGUUUUGCUCGUUUCGAACGAAAGUGUUAGAAAAUUUCGAAUAUGCAUCGAUCUGUCAAAAACCGAUAAACAAAAAGAAACACCGUAUUAAAUAGCGGCGAGUGCGAGUUGAAUUUCAGUUAAUUUUUGAUCCUAAGAGAAAUUUGUGAGAAAAUUUUCUCGUUCAAUGGAUUCCGUUUUGUUACCGAUUUUGGCGGAGCAAGAAGAAAUUGGAAUGCCUUGCUACCAUCGGCGAAACCACCGAAAAUCAACCGACUUCAUGAAACUUUCUGAUGAAGCAUUCAUCAAAAGUUUUCGUCUAAGUAAGGAAGCUUUUCGGUACGUUUUAGAGGAAAUUGAGAACUGCCUUACCACAAGGAAAGGUGGUCUAUCCACGGAGGUGAAACUCGCAGCAUGUUUGCGAUUCUUUGCUGAAGGAAAUUAUCAACAUGGAGCAGGGCAAGAUUAUCACAUUGCCAUAGCACAGCCCACAUUUUCCAAGGUGCUGACUGAAAUGCUUAACAUUCUGGAGCGGACACUGUGUAAGAAAUGGAUUUCCCUAAAUAUGACGGAAGACGAACAGCGGCGUGCUAAACUACACUUCUAUCAGAAAACAUCAAUUCCGGGUGUUAUUAUGUGUUUGGAUGGAACCCACGUAAAAAUUAUUCCACCUAAGCUGAAUCGAAAUUUGUUUUUUAAUCGGAAGGGAUUUUAUAGUCUCAACGUUCUGAUUGUUUGUGACGAUCAGCAAAGGAUUCGUUUCGUUGAUCCUACCUUCCAGGGAUCUAAUCAUGACUCUCAUAUAUGGCGUGUAAGCCCUGCAAGAACUCACUUUGAGCAGCUUCACCAAAAUGGUGAAGUUAAUACUAAGAUUCUAGGUGAUGCUGGUUAUCCAUCGGAACCUUGGUUAGUAACGCCAUUCAGAGCAGCGGAGGAAGGGAGUUUGGAGAGCGAUUUUAAUCGCAGGCAUGCCUUGGGUCGUGCUAUCGUCGAGCGGACAAUCGGUUUACUAAAAAAUCGGUUUAGAUGCAUCCUUGGCGCGAGACAACUUCACUACAAUCCUACUAAAUGCGCUCAAAUUAUAAAUGUAUGCUGUGCACUUCACAAUAUAUGCUUAGAAUUUGGUCGUUCUCAGUAGUUAUAAUAUGUUAUGCAGCUGUUUACAUAAUAAACUUUUGUUUAAAUUAAUAUUUAUGACUGUUAAAUUUCAUCUAACUUGUUUGCAAAUGCUCAAAUAAAUAACAACCACCGGAAAAGGAAGUGUCUUCCUUACUUAACUAUGGUUUCGGCAGAAUUAUUUACUCUUAUUCCUGCCAACACUUUGAGAACAUGUCAUUAUCGAUUUCUCGUAAGCAGGCCAAGUAUUCAAAUAACCAUUAUUAAUACUUUUUGCGUUGUUUUAACCCCUUGCUGUACGAUUUAAUUUCCAACAGCACGGCCCAAAACGAGCACUUCGAGUCGUUCCGCUACUCUGCUGAGUGUGGGUAUCUAACAUGGGUGCCCUAUGAUGAGCAAAUACAUGUUGUGUUUAAAAUAAAAACGAAGGAGUUAUUACUACGUACUAACUCGUUCGUUUUUAUUUUAAUUAUAAUAUUCAAAUUAUAUUUUAUAUUUUUAGCUCAUUCAAUUUUUUUUUAAAUAACGGAAAUUUUAUAAUCUUCAGUUGUCGGUAUCCUCAUCAUAUGCCUGAAGCUAUGUAAUUAUUUCACAUCGAGAAACAACGAGUGAAGUUCAAUGUUGUACGU